UGUCCUUACCCCUGAAAACGCUCCCAACAGCGCGGUCUGUCCGUCUCUCUCUCUCUCUCUCCGGUUUCAUCUUCUUACCCUGUCUUCAUUUGCCUACUCUAACCGACCCACCCGAGGCCGGCCUUAUAUUCUGCGUACGAUAACUAUAAUUCCAUCACAUUCCGUCUCAAUCCCAGAAAAAUAAAAUAACAAAUUAAAAAACCACUUUUUGGAUAAAAACUACAGGCUCAUUCUUUUCUUUUCAACUGUAUGUUUCAACGUAUACAGACAUAUUUAGGCGAUGGAUCUGAGAAGAGGAAGAUUGGUGGUGUUUGGUUUUACGUUUCUUGUGCUCGAAUGGUCAUGUUUUGCUUCGGCCAACGUGGUGUUCAGAGUCCAGCACAAAUUUGGUGGGCGUGAAAGAUACAGCAGGUUGGGUGCACUCAAGAGCCAUGAUGCCUACCGUCACGGUAGAAUGCUCGCCACCGUCGAUUUGCCUUUGGGUGGCAAUGGGCAGCCCACCGACGCCGCGCUCUAUUUCACCAAAAUUGGGAUUGGGAGUCCCCCGAAGGACUAUCAUGUGCAAGUUGAUACAGGAAGUGACAUAUUAUGGGUGAAUUGUGCUGGCUGCGACAAGUGUCCAAAGAAAAGCAAUCUUGGCAUUGAACUGCAGCUAUAUGACCCAAAAAGAUCCACAAGUGGUAAACCGGUUACUUGUGAUCAAGAUUUUUGCACCAGAACAUUCAAUGCUCCAUAUGCUGAUUGCCAGGUUGGAAGGCCCUGUGAAUAUUCUGUUACUUAUGGAGAUGGGAGCUCUACUGCAGGAUAUUUUGUCCAAGAUUAUGUAAAUCUUGAGCGAGCGUCUGGAAACCUUCAAACCACAUCCAUGAAUGGGAGCAUAGCGUUUGGGUGUGGAGCUAAACAAUCUGGGGAGCUUGGUUCAUCUUCUGAAGCACUUGAUGGGAUACUUGGUUUUGGACAGGCAAAUUCGUCCAUGGUUUCACAACUUGCUUUGUCUGGAAAGGUGAAGAAAAUAUUUGCACAUUGCUUGGAUGGCAUUAAUGGAGGUGGAAUCUUUGCUAUUGGUCAAGUUGUGCAACCUAAAGUAAAUUCAACUCCGUUGGUUCCGAAUGAAGAAAUCGUUGAAGAUGAAUUGGGAGAGGGAAGAAUAUUGGUCAAGAAGUCUGAAGGCUUAUUCUUCUUGUAG